CGCAAUCUCGGCCCCACCAAAGCCACCGGCCUGCGCAUCGCCGUCCGCUCGGCCGACUCGGCGCGCGCUGGCCUGCGUGCCAUGCUGGUCUCGGCGCGUCUCUUCCAGCCGCCCGACGGCCGCGUCGUCGGCGGCCUCCCCAGCCAUGGGCCGGCCGACGGCGCCGGCCAGCGCGGCCAGCAGUGGACCGUCCAGAUGGUGAAGCCCGACGCCGCCCUCCUCAUCGUCCAGCGCCCCGGCGUCUGGCUCUAUCCCGACGAGGAGUUGGCCCUCGAGGUGACCCUCUACCUGGCCGACCACACCGCUAGCCCAUCCCCGCCCUCUUCCACUGCCCAGCCAGCCUCUCAGUCACCCGCCCAGACGACCGACCCGCCGGCCGCCAGCCCGACACAGGACAGACUCAAGCACACCGACUGGCAGACCCAUCUGCCCGGCAUCGUGGCCAGCCUCACGUCGGAUGUCCUCGACCCCUCGGGUCAGGUCAAGGAGGCGCAUUUUGCCUAUCAUCUCGUCUUCCUGCCUCGAGUUGAUAUCAACGCCGGCCAGCAGGUGACCGCCGUCAUUGACGACCGCAAGAAGCCGCUGGAGCCAGGCGACCGUGAGUUGGCCCCAGCCAUGCCCCCCUGUAAGCCUGGUCAUCUGUCUCCCUGGCUCCGGGCGCUGGUUCUGACCAUGCCCCAGCCUCUCGUCUUCUCACGAUGA